AUGCAAAGGGAGAAACUUAUUGAAGAAGUGAGAAAAUAUCCAUAUUUAUAUGACUUAAGUGACGCUAAAUACAGUAAUAGUAUAAAAAAGGACGAGGCUUGGAAACAAAUAAGUAUUACUUUAAAGCAAUCUGAAUCUGAAUGCAAGAAAACUUGGUUAAAUCUUAGAGAGUCUCACCGACGAGCUAUGAAGAAGCGUAAAACUAAGAGUGGUCAGGCAGCCCCGACGACGAAAAAGUGGACCUUUGAAGAUGAAAUGAGUUUUUUAGUACCUCAUUACAAAGAAAGAAAUACGAUCUCUUCGGUUGAUUAUGAUGACGAUUCUGAUGUUAGCAGUUUCUUGGGUAAUGAUGAUUCACAGAACUCAAUAAACAUUCAGUCUCCAGAAAACUCACAACCGGAAACUUCUGCACUUUCGCCGCGUCCUAAGUCUUCUGCAUUUUCAGUUACAUCCAAAACUUCAAAAAAAAAGUUGAAAGCAAUUCAGCGUCACAAACUUUAA